UGCGUCAGUAGAGCCUCUGUCUGGGUGGAAAGUUCACUUUUGAAAGUGCCAUGCUUAAAUUCAUUAGGAUGUCUACGAUGUAAUUAUUUAAAAACAAGACACUCUAGUUUGACACUGAGAAAUAUGGUUUGGCUCCCUGUAGACGGUGAUGGCCCCAGGUGAUAUGGUGCCGGAACAUGCCAAGCAGCAUAAGCUCAAGCAGGAGAAGGAGAAGCUUCAGAGCACCACCAGGCCUGAUGGAGACUCUGAGCCAGAUGGAUCUUUUGUCUUUGAGGCCCACGAGGCAUGGAAGGGCUUCCACAACUCUUUGCGCCAGUUCUACGAAGUGGGGGAGCUCUGUGAUGUUACACUGAAGGUGGGAAGCAGGCUGAUACCAUGCCACAAGCUGGUGCUGGCCUGUGUCAUCCCUUACUUCAGGGCCAUGUUCUUGUCUGAGAUGUCAGAGGCCAAACAGGACCUGAUAGAGAUCAAGGACUUUGACGGAGAUGCCAUCCACGACCUGGUGCGUUUUGCCUACUCCUCCCGCCUGACCCUGACAGUGGACAACGUGCAGCCUCUUCUCUAUGCAGCCUGUAUUCUGCAGGUGGAGCUGGUCGCCAGGGCCUGCUGUGAGUACAUGAAGGCACACUUCCACCCCUCCAACUGUCUGGCUGUCCGCACCUUUGCCGAGAGCCACAACCGCGUCGACCUGAUGGACAUGGCGGACCGUUAUGCUUGCGAGCACUUCCGGGAGGUGGUGAACUGUGAGGACUUCCUGUGCGUGUCGCCUCAGCACCUGAGAACCCUGCUGUCCUCCAGCGAACUGAACAUCCACUCUGAGACACAGGUUUACAAUGCUGCUGUCAAGUGGCUGAAGGCCAACCCCCAGCACCAUGAGGCCUGGCUGGACCAGAUCAUGACUCAGGUGCGCCUCCCCCUGCUCCCAGUAGACUUCCUGACAGGCACGGUGGCCAAGGAGGAGAUGAUCAAAAGAAAUCUGAGCUGCCGGGAUCUGCUGGAUGAGGCCAGGAACUAUCACCUGCACCUCAGCAACAAGAUGGUGCCUGACUUUGAGUACUCAGUCCGCACCACACCUAGGAAACAUACUGCAGGUGUAUUGUUCUGUGUUGGUGGCCGGGGAGGUUCUGGUGACCCGUUCCGCAGCAUCGAGUGUUACUCCAUCAGCAAGAACAGUUGGUUCUUCGGGCCUGAGAUGAACAGCAGGAGACGCCAUGUUGGAGUAAUUUCUGUAGGAGGUAAAGUGUAUGCAGUAGGGGGCCAUGAUGGUAGUGAACACCUGGGCAACAUGGAGAUGUUUGAUCCUCUCACCAACAAGUGGAUGAUGAAAGCUUCCAUGAACACUAAAAGGAGAGGCAUAGCUCUGGCAGCUCUGGAAGGUCCUAUCUACGCCAUCGGUGGUCUCGAUGACAACUCCUGUUUCAACGAUGUAGAGAGAUACGACAUCGAGAGCGACCACUGGAGUGCGGUGGCACCCAUGAACACGCCCAGAGGUGGAGUGGGCUCUGUGGCCUUAGGGAAUCACGUGUAUGCUGUGGGCGGUAACGACGGUGUGGCCUCUCUAUCCAGUGUGGAGAGGUUUGACCCACAUCUCAACAAGUGGACAGAGAUCAGGGAGAUGGGCCAGAGACGGGCAGGGAACGGAGUCGGCGAGCUGAACGGGUGUCUCUAUGUAGUGGGUGGUUUUGAUGACAACUCCCCGCUGAGUUCUGUGGAGCGUUUUGACCCCCGUCUGAGUCGCUGGGACUACAUCUCUGAGCUGACCACGCCCCGGGGCGGAGUGGGUGUGGCCACGGUUAUGGGUUGCGUGUUUGCGGUCGGAGGUCACAACGGGAACAUCUACCUCAACACAGUGGAAGCCUUUGACCCCCGUAUGAACAGGUGGCAGCUGGUGGGGUCGGUGUCUCACUGUCGGGCCGGCGCAGGAGUGGCUGUCUGCUCCUCUCACAUCAGCCAGAUCAGAGACGUGGGCCAGGGCUCCAGCAACGUGGUGGACUGCAUGUGAUCCCUGAGCUGACCACACCGACCAACUUCACGAGCAGACCAACCCAACCCAAGCACUCAACCACACUGUCACUGAACAGGAGCACUAGUGGUUGUUCCUUUAAGCACUGACUGAAGGGUUCUCCCCAAAGAUUGUAAGAGGAGCGCUGCACCACCUUGUGAACUAGCUGCGCCACUUUGAGAAAUAAAAUACUUAACAAAUAAAGUUAUCAUAUGCCGCAACUGUUUUUGCUCUAGAUUGCAGGAAAUGGCACUUAUAGGUGUUCAAAAACCUUUAUCAAGUGAAAAUGGCUGAUAGUUGAGCUUUAGACAUCAUAUUAAACAGGCCUUGAAUAUCAACUUGUAUUUUAAGAGCAACAAGUUAGUACUUACAAUGCAUUCAGAAAGUAUUCAGACCCCUUGACUUUUUCCACAUUUUGUUACAUUACAGCCUUAUUCUAAAAUUGAUUAAAUAGUU